AGGCAGGUGUGUGUGACGGCGAUACAAAGGGAGUUGCUGAAUCAAUCGGGUUAACUCAUAACGGAGAACAUUUGAUCCAUUCACUCUCACACAUUUCUUUGUAAAAGUAAGCUGAUUCUCAUGCUAAUAUGCUUCCUCCCUCAUAUUUGUUCUAAGCAACUCAAACAUUUCUUUGAAAAAUAAAACGACCCCAACGAAAUGCCGAAAGUAGCACGAGUAAAGAAGGGUAGUGCUAUGAGGCACGACCCAUUAGCUGUCCAAAUGGAGGCUGACGACGCCAACCGAAACCUUCGCACGCAGCCACGGAAGAAAGCGGGACGAGUAAAAUGUAAGACCCCCUUGUAUUUGAUAGCAUCGCGUGGUUCUAUCUUAUUCCCCACAGUCACAGAACUACAAAGGUAUAACAUCAUUGUUUUUGUUGAAUUCUGAUUUACUUUUAAAGAAUCACGAUGAUAAUGGAAAGAACAGUACUAUCUAUCAUUUCGCCACAAACUCUACUACAGCUUCCGCCGACGACGCCGCUGACGAGAAUGGCGCAAUGCUAGACUCAAAAAUGACCAAAAAAGUCCUCGACGGUAUCGCGGCCCAGCGUAACGAGGAGGACUUAGAAUCCAAGCUCGAUCUAGCUGGAGCCAAGGAAGCCCAGGAUGAAGAUAACCUCGAUAACGAAAUUGAGGAGCCUGAAUUAGAGGACGAGGACGGCUUCGUCAACCUCGGCAACUAUGCGAGUUUGCUCACGCCAGAGGAGGAAGAAGCAUUGCAGAUGUUUUUACCUCCACAAGUGAGGAACAAGAAUACGUCGACAACUAGUGCUAGUUCUUCUCCAGCUUCUGCACAGCAAGGUGGAUCCGCAUCUAGCACUACUUCAUCUCCAGCUGCAGGAGAUAAGAAUAUGACAGAUGAAGAUAUGAUGAUGGGCACUUCUUCGUCUGGAGCAGAGCACUCCCGUAGCUUAGCCGACAUAGUUCUCGAAAAGCUGAAGGACAGAACUGAGGAGAUCACCCGUCUCCCGAACGAAGCCACUGCACGCAGUGCCGCACAACACGCGAACGAACUGAGCCCUAAGGUGAUCGAGACCUACACCGAGAUCGGAAAGUGGUUGAAAACCUACAAGUCCGGAAAAAUGCCGAAGCCGUUCUUGGUGAUUCCGUCUCUGCAGAAUUGGGAAGAAAUCCUGUGCUUGACGAAUCCUCUGGACUGGAGUCCGAACGCCCUUCGGGAAGCAACGAAGAUUUUCGCUUCUCAGCUCAACGGCCGAAUGGCGCAGCGGUUCUACAACUUAGUCCUCCUACCGGCCAUUCGCAGUGACAUGGCCGAAAACAAAAAGCUCAACUUCCACUACUACGAAUCGCUGAAAAAAGCCAUGUUCAAACCGGCAGCUUUUAUGAAAGGCAUUUUACUGCCAUUGGCGCGCGACAGCUGCACCUUGCGGGAAGCGCACAUUGUGUGCUCAGUGUUGGGAAAAAUUUCAGUGCCAGUAUUGCAUGCAUCAGCGACUUUGGUCAGAUUAGCGGAAAACCCAGAGUGGUACGGAACGACGGCGAUGUACAUGGCAGUGCUCAUCAACAAAAAGUACUGCUUUUGCUUUCAGAUUUUCCAAAAUAAAAAUUACGACUGAAAUCAAACGUCUGACUUUUACUUUUGUGUGAAGUCUAGCCAUCUAUUUCUCUAGCUCGACCUUGUUCUCUUGCAACACUAACAACGUGCUCUACUUGAACCAUAUCGCCUUCCGGAAACAGGUAUUCUCUCCCCUACUCGGUGAUGGGGAAGUUGGUGGACCAUUUUUAUUCCUUCCUCGAAGACGAACGCGAACUGCCAUUAGUGUGGCAUCGAUGCUUGUUGCUUUUCGUGCAGCGUUACAAGGCUGACUUCAACGACGAACAGCGAAAGAAAUUGAAGCAACUGCUGAAGGUCCACUGCCACGAGAGAGGCAUUGGCCAGGAAGUCAAGCGGGAAUUGAUGGCUGUGGCGAUGAACUUGUUUAAGAACACGGCAUUUAAGGCAGGAGGUGCUGCGGAAGGAAAGACAGCUGCACCGAUGGAAAUGUAAGGUGAUGGAAUACAUGCACAAGAGGUGUUGUCAAACUACAAGCUAGCGAUCUCACAGUAACAGUAUGAUGAACGCACCUUAUUCUUGGGAAUUUAGAUGAUAUUGACACCGCGAAGAUCAAAAUUGUUGAUUUUUUUAUAACGAUGCUACUUUGCGAUUGCAAAUGAAAGUGAAACUACAUCCGCACAACAAUCGCGUUCUUGCUCUUGUUGCGCACAGGCUCAAGAGCGCGAGCACCUGGGCUAGCAUUUUACUUCC